AAUCAAAAUGGAGUCGGCGUUCCUGAAGGGGAGGCGCUGAACAACAAUUCCAAGAUUGGGACAGUUAAUGAACAGGCUUAUAGACAACCAUCAGGUGGCACAGAAGAAGUUGAAGAUAUAUUUUAUUCUGAUUCAGAAACAGAUACAACUCCUGAUAGUUAUUCUUCAGAGGAUGAUAUUCUUUAUCCUGAUUUCAGUGAUUUUGACAAGCAUAAAGCAAAAAAUUGCUUUGCAACUGACCAGAUCUGGGCUUGCUAUGAUGAUGAUGAUAUGCCAAGAUGCUAUGCCCUCAUUUGGAAUGUAUCCUGUCCUGAAUUUAGGAUAAAGCUCAGAUGGCUGGAGCCUCGUCCAGAAUAUCCAAGGGAGAAGGCUUGGGUCAGGGGACUCUUGCCUGUUGCCUGUGGGAGAUUUAAAUGUGGGAGUAUUGACCAUACUUUGGAUCUCCGUAUAUUUUCUCAUCAAGUGCAGUACUUAAAGAGCAAGGGAUCAGGUCCAUAUAUGGUAUAUCCUAGGAAAGGUGAAACAUGGGCCCUCUUCAAAGAUUGGGAUAAUGGUUGGAGCUACAGUCCAAGCAAUCAUAGGAAAUACAAGUAUGAAGUUGUGGAGAUUCUUACUGAUUAUGAAUAUGGUGUUGGUCUCCUAGUUGGUUACUUAGAUAAAAUUCCCGGAUUUGUUAGCCUUUUCGAGCUAACAAGGCUGACUGGUGUUGAUACAUUCUUUAUAAAGCCGAAAGAUUAUUACAGGUUCUCUCAUCAAAUUCCCUCUUUCAAAAUGACUGGAACUGAAGGAGAGGGUGUACCAGCAGGAUCGUUUGAACUUGAUUUUUAUGCUCUUCCGGUCAAUACAGAUGAUAUUUGGUACCCUGGGCAAGUUAAAGAAGAUAGUGAGACUUCAGAUUCUGAACCUCUAGAAAACGUUUUGCCUGCAGUUCCCCCUGGAACUAGAGAUAAGUCCAGUACACCUGAGAAUGCGACGACAUCUCUGAAGUCUGGGAACUUGAAAGAUAUCCAUGUUACUGAUGGAGAUCCUUCUAUGCUCUUUGACUUGGAACUGACAUUAUGGUUUUGAUGAGACUAAAAAAUGAAUUGGUUCUCCCGGAUUUAUAGAAACUUGGAACUGAAGUUUUUCUUUGUCAGUUGCUCCGUUAACACACCGAUGGCCUGCUGUCUCAUCAGUUUCUUGUUUGAUAGGGAGGGCAAUGCACUAACACACAUGAAUCUGGAGUUUUUGGAACUACCAGUUAUUUAUUAUGAUACCCCUCCCCCUUUUGUUAUGGGUUUAUACACCCAAGAUUAUCAAGUAACUUAAAAUAGCUAUUCCUUGUUACUGGUGGCUCUUCUCCUUUGGCACCUUGGGUUAUUUUGGUGAUGGACCAUAACUCAAUUUUGUAAGCUUGAAGGACUAUUAAUGUUCAAGAUAAUAUGAAUUAAGAAUUAAGUAGACCUUAUAAAAGAUUAUUUUGGUAAUUUUCUGCCCUCCUUCCAAAUCCCAACUCGAAAAAGAUUUCUCAUGUAUGAAAAAUGAGGAGCAACUGUCUGUUUUGUGAUGCACUAACAGACAGGCGUCGUGCCAAGUUUGGCAGUGCAAACUAGAUUACAUUUACAGCUAAAAUAAGAGGAUCAGAAACUCUUGACACUUUUGUCCACGAAUACAACUAUACCUUUGAAGUCGGGGGACUUGAAUGAGAUCCAUGCUACUGGUGGAGAGUCUUCUAAGCAAAUGAACAUCUCUGAGAAAAAAAAAGCGAACUUAGAGAGCUCUCAUUCUGCCAAUUAUGACAGUCCUUCCAUUGAUUUUGAUGAUACUCGUGUUAAGAAAAGAAGUCACUCAUGUCCCAACGUACCAAUUCAUUUGUCAUGUCAAGGUGACCGAGAGUUGCAUUCACACACAGCUUUAGUCUCAGCAAAUGAAAGAAUACUUCAAAGACCUUGAUCGAUCCAUCGACU